AUGGGACGAUUUGUGUUCUUGUACUACGGACUACUGUUCGUACUUCAAGACAAAGAUUCACAUGAAGAGGAAUCUGAAAAUGUAGAAGCAACUGUGAUUAAUGUACAUCAUGCAAGGGGAAAUCUUGAUGCCUCGUGCUUCUUCAACGAUGGAAUUAGUAAAGUUGAUUUUGUCCUGGUGUAUACGGAGAAGACAGACAAACCAAACUCGAAUGAUAACAAGAUGAAGGCAUUCAGGAAAAAAUUCAAGUCUAACCUCAUCAAAACCGGACUCCACUUAGAAGAAGAAAUCAUUAAAAUUGAGAAGAAAGACAUCCAUCACAUCAAGAUACAUGCACCUUGGGAAGUAUUGUGUUACUACGCUGAAGAUCUGAGCUUUCGAGCACCUCUACAGGCCCAUCCCCAUCCUAUCACGAAUUGGUCUGCUGCAGUGCUUGAAAUGUUUAAGAUACCAAAUAUAAUGGAUCAAGAUGUUCCAAACCAACCAACAGACUACUACACUUGCCAAUUCAAAAUCAGCAAAAUUGAUAAAUUCCUGGGAAGUGAUGACCACCUCAACUUCUUCACAAGCACCCAGCGCAGUGCGGCUGUCUGGGAGAUUCUCUCCACCACCGUUUAUGGUCGGCGGAAAAAGGCAGAAAUCGGCAUUGAGAGAAUGAUUGAUGAGAAGAUCGUCUCCGACGCAUUCCCCUUGCAUGACGGGCCUUACCAUAUGCCACAAGAACCCUAUAACCCUGAAAAUCUAAACAUGAGACAGAUCCUGUACAAGUACUGGGCACGCUGGGGUUGCUGGUAUAAAUAUCAACCCCUUGACCACAUACGAUUUUAUUUUGGGGAAAAAGUCGCCAUUUAUUUUGCAUGGUUGGGUUUCUACACUGGAUGGCUCUUACCUGCUGCUGUUGUUGGAUUACUAGUAUUCCUUUCAGGGGCUUUCAAUAUCAGCGCAAACCCCAUCGCUAAACACAUCUGUGAGAGCGGCACUGAUUACAAGAUGUGUCCCGUCUGUGACGAAGAAAUCGGCUGCGAAUUUUGGUACCUUUCAGACAUUUGCAUCUACUCAGAGAUUUCGUACUUAUUCGAUCAUCCUGGGACCGUAUUCUAUGCAGUUUUUGUCUCAUUCUGGGCAAUCUCCUUCUUGGAAUACUGGAAACGGAAAAAUGUCAACUUAGCUCAUCAUUGGGAUGUUCUUGGAUUUGAAGAGGAAGAGGAACGACCUCGACCUGCUUAUGCCGCCAAAGCUACUGAAAUGGAAACCAAUCCAAUUACUGGUAUCAAAGAACCAUUUUUCCCACCCAAGAAACGGAUUCCUCGAAUUCUUUCUGGAAUGGUCAUCAUUGUUUUAAUGAUCUGUUUGGUCCUCGUCUUCAUCAUUGCCGUCAUCAUGUACCGUGUGUUAGUCAGCAUCCCACUCUUCAAGAGCGAAGAACUCCGGCCCAGGGCUGCCAUCAUAGCCAGUAUAUCAGCUGCCAUCGUCAACUUGAUAUUCAUUAUGUUACUAGGCAAGGUCUACGAGAGGCUGGCAUUCAGUUUGACUCAGUGGGAGAUGCAUCGGACACAGACAGACUUUGAGGACCAGUUGAUAUUCAAGGUGUUCCUUUUCCAAUUUGUGAAUUUCUAUUCUUCAAUUUUCUACAUCGCUUUCUUUAAAGGAAGAUUUGUUGGUUAUCCUGGACAUUACAAGAGAUUUUUUGGACUGAGACAGGAAGAAUGUAGCAAUGGUGGUUGCCUGAUGGAGUUGGCACAACAGUUGGCUGUCAUUAUGAUCGGCAAACAAAUAAUCAAUAACUUCCAAGAGAUGAUCAUACCAAGAAUAAAAACUCGUCUCCAUAGAUUCAAAAUUCGGACGAAGGGUUCCAAUCUGAGUCUCGAGAAAACCGGGGACUUCAGCCUCAUUCGACAUGAAGGGUUGUUUGAUGAGUACCUGGAAAUGAUUCUUCAGUUUGGUUUCAUUACCAUAUUCGUGGCGGCAUUUCCUCUGGCGCCACUCUUCGCAUUGCUCAACAACUGGGUGGAAAUACGUUUGGAUGGUCAGAAAUACGUGAUGCAGACGAGGCGGCCAGUAGCGGAGAGGGCUGAAGACAUCGGGGUCUGGUUCUCAAUCCUCAAAACUUUGGCGCAUUUGGCUGUCAUCAGCAAUGCAUUCCUGAUUGCGUUCACGUCUGAAUUCCUUCCGAAAAUGCUCUACCAGUACACCCAUAGCUAUGAACUGAAGGGAUACACCAACUUCACUUUAGCAUAUUCUCCAAAUGGAACUAUAUCUAAAGAGUGCAGAUAUUUUGCGUUCCGGGACAAAGAAGGCCAUUAUACGAUAUUCUUCUGGAGACUUCUAGCUUCACGAUUAUCAUUUGUAAUUAUAUUUGAACACAUAGUAUUCAGCACAUUUAAACUCAUUGAUUUUGCGGUACCGGAUGUACCAGAAAGCCUGGAACAGAAGAUCAAGAGAGAACGGUACCUUGCGAAACAGGCGCUAGCAGACACUGAUACAAUGUUUAAGUUUUCAAACAGAGACGAAGAAGAUGGCAUGGAAGCAACACCGACAGGAGCCACGUCCGCAAACAAAGCUUUGUAACUGCCGCUACAUACUUUUGCUACAAAUAUCUUUAUUUUAAUACACCAAGACACACAACACACACACACACACACACACACACAAUCAAAGACUGGAAUUUACGGUGUUGUCUCUAAUUCUUCAAUUAUGGUCAUUUUCUCCACAGAACAUGGGAAAUACGUUCUUGAAUAUAAAUAUUGAUUUUUUUUAAUAUGAAUAUCAAUAAAUUCAUAAUAUUAUAAUAA